CAAAUAGCAGAUCCCGUCAGAAAUUACUUAUAAUUUUGAGUCGUUUUGUCACAUCUCGUUCGUCGAUUUUUUUAUUUCCAGGCUAAUAUUUCUCAAUUUUGGAGAAAACAUUUUUUAAUAAAACUUUAACGGAUUACAGCAAUAUUUCCGUUUAAAAUAUAGUUUCAAAGCCGGCCCUUUUAAACUGAAUAAAAUUGCUAAGUCGGAACUUUGCCACCAAAAAAAAAUUUUCUUUCCCAGUAGCUGAUGCAAUUUUUUCUCCCGGUGAAAAUUAAGAUCCGUCCAGUUUCGCGUCUUAUCCGUGUGUUUUGAUUGAAAAGGCAUAGUAGUGGAAAGCUCGAAAUUCGUCAAUCUGACGUUUUAAAAAUUUUCUUUAUACUAAGAAAUCGUGUCUUUUUCCACCGUUGAGGAUACUCACGUUGAGGAUAAACCGAGGACGUUUAUACUUCUCGGCGUGAGUUGAGUUUUAAAAACUGACGAGGAUUCGACUGAGGAAGAUUUUUCUGUGCGUAUUGCCUGCGUUGAAGUCUAACGAGAAAUGUUAUGCGAUGAUUGACUGAGAGUUGAUGAUCCAAAUAGCACUAGCUCCUGUCGUUGGUUACUAGCUGUCUAGGGACUUUCUUUAUCCUUCUUUGGACAGGCUGCAGAACUCGACCCUGAGCAGAUGCGUCUCCUUUGAUUAAGAAAAUAAAUGCAAAGUCUCCUUUAUCUGACACUGAAUACAUUUUGGCAUUAAUAUCUGUUAUAAAAACAAGCUUUUAUGGAUUGGAAAGGCAUCGAGGUCACGCAUAACAAAUAACGUGCAGUAGCAUGUACAUGGAUAUAUUUUAUAAAGAAGUAAGGUGUUUGAUGAAAAGAUCUUUGCAUAUUUGUUGACACUUCUGAAAAUUCACACAUUUUGCUAGCCAUGGAGGACACUUUUCCUAGGGUGGGCAUGUCAUCUUUUGAAAAUGAAGAGUACUCGUCUAGAUCUUAUAUAGAAAUGCCUCAGACUGGUGAGGUAAACUACAUUUCAACAAUAAUCGGGGUCAGGGGGAAUCCCAUUUACAAGGGCAAAGGCAUUUGGAUUGCAAAACCAGAGAAAACUUCGUUCACGACAGUGAAAGUCGAUAAAGACGACAUCAGGGCCAAAAGGCACUAUGUUAAGACUUUAUUUAAAGAUGGAAGAGAGGUGAAGAUUUGGGAGUGUGGUCUUUGUGGAAAAGAAUUCAGAUUUCAGUAUACACUUGUUCGCCACAUACCGACUCACACAGAUGUCAGGAACUAUCAGUGUGAUAUUUGCCCCAAGGCUUUUCGCCAGCUGAGUACUUUAGCACAGCACAAAGCGACCCACUUAAACAUGCGACCUUUCCUGUGUGACUUCUGCAAAAAAUCAUUUAAUCGUAUAUCUACCCUCAUUUCACACAAGAAGAUCCAUUAUGACGAGAAACGUCAUAUCUGCCCAUUCUGCGGGAAAGGAUUUCACCAAAAGGGUAACCUCAGGAACCACAUGUACACACAUACAAAUGAAAGGCCUUAUAAGUGUGAAGUUUGUAAUAAAGGUUUUAACCAAAAAUCCAAUCUUGUUUGCCAUAAAAUAUCAACUCAUUCAAAGAAGAUCCUUUAUCAAUGUGAAAUUUGCAAUUUGAGCUUUGCCAAACAAAAUUUAUACAUUAGUCAUAUGGAAUCAGCUCAUAAUAUAAUUGUUAAGUUUUCUAGAAGGUCUCCAAGUUCAGAAAGUACACCAAGCAGUAACAUAAAAGAAACACAGUGUACUUUAGUGGAUGAGUCUAACAAUGUCAUAUACCACCUUCCUAUAUCCCAAGAGAUCAAAAACCCAAGCAUGCCUCCUAAGACUGAUAUUCCUACUAAUGCCAUUAACCAAUUCCAAGAAAAUAAUCAAGAAAAUGAGAUUCUGACAAUAAUAAAGCACAAUGCUACAGAGGCUAUGAACCAGCUUAAUGAAAUUGGGCAAGUCCCUUUUGUUCUGUUCUACCAAGCAGGUGAAUCUCAGCCAAAGAUCUGUAAAGCGAUAGUCAACAACAACGAAUAUGCCCUUGUCCAUCCUUCCAACAGUGAUAUCUCUAAAUAUUUUAUUCAGAAUGCUAACAAUUCUCUGUCGCAUAAGUUCCCAAUUGUAUCUACAGUGAUUCAGAAGAAAGACUCAACAGGAAAAGUUCAAACUCUUGUCCUUCCGGCUGGGCUCAACCCACAAGUGGUCGAAAGUUUCGAAGGUGCAAACGGUGCAAAUGUUUUUGAUUAUUAUCAAGCGCUCAAUUUUGCCAAACCAGAUCUUAUCAAUGAGGUUAAAAAAGAAAUAGACUUUGAAGUGUAUGAUAAUGUUGCACAAAACAAAAACGGAAGAACUGCAGUUGUUUUUACUAAAACACAGCCAAGUGUGCGCCAGGCCAGAGGAAGGAUUUUGUUUGAAAGUAUUGGCUCGAAGGCGAAUCUGGCCCAGCCAGAAAACGCAAUGGCCCCCGAGGUUGUUCCACCGCUUGACGCUUACAAUAACAACAGUGAGAAUCCGAUAGAAUUCCUCUACAUCCCCGGUGAGUCGACGCGGCCUGAAAAGGAGGAUCUCUUUGAAAAAGCAAACUGGCCUGAGAACAAGGUAGAGCCGAUCAUCUUCCUGCCAAACCAGGAGCUGAACACCAAGAAAGAUUUCAAUCUUGUGAACCACGAUGAACAGUCUUCUUGUACUGUUUUGAACAGCUUUGGCAUGGCUCCUCUCAACAGCCAAGAAGACAAACCAGUUUCAGUUGAAGUCGAAAUACAAAAUGAACAGCAGGUCACCUCUAUCAAAAGUGAAAUUGAAACUCAAGAGAAUCAAGAUACCUGUAGUGACAUAGAACCUACACUUUUCAGCAACUUAGAAGCCUUGAAAGAGCCUUUCUCAAAAUACAACAUUGAUUUUGACGGCGAUACCUUUGAUCUGUUUGAAGAUUGCUCAUUUGCUGACGGCCUAUUGGAUACUGUAAAUAAUACCACUGAAGAAAACAAGUGUUUCAACUCCCUCAUAACUGACGCCGAUUUGUCGAUAAAGCAAGAACCAAAUAUGUAUUUUAAUCAAAUGUAGUUGGACGUAUUAGCUUUGCCAUGCCUCACCAAGCUUUGCCGUUAAUUUGUUCCUUGAACUAUAUUAUAUUUUCACUGAAAGAAGAUUCACAAUAAAUUGUAGUUGUACACAAGUUUUUACUGUAAACACACUAAAGUCUUUUUAAACUAAUUUUGUCAAUCUGUGUAUAUUAAAUCGUUUCACCACUGA